AUGUUUUAAAUUUAUUAACCUCUAAAAAUAGAUUAUACAUGCAAAAAUUCUGAUUUGCUAGAAGAUUCUUUGAUUAAUGAUUUGGAAACGUCAAAAGUAUAGACAGAAAGCUAAUAAUUAGAUUCAAAGCCUGAAUAAGAUUAAGAAAUUAAAAAAGAAAACAGUAUAUUCUAAGUUAAUUUUUUUUAGAAUGAUGAAGAAGCUUAAAAUACAAUCUUAAAGAAGGUAUUUAAAAAAAAAAGAAGAGCUAGGUUUAAUGAUAAAAUAAACAAGUUAAACUAAAAUGAAGAAAACAAUUAACAAUAAUAAUUUGAAUUAUGCAGAUUGUUAUAAAAUAAAAAUACCAUUGUAGAGCUUAUUUACAAGAGUGAAUUAAAAUCAUUUGUAAUUGUUAAAAAAAAUCUUCUUGAUUCGGAAAAUUUUGACUCAGAAUACAAAAUAUUGUAAAUGUUAAAAGAUAAGAAAAUAACUUUAGAUAUUAUUUCAAAAAUAGAUGAAAAUAGAUAGUUUUAACAAAUAGCUGGUAAAACUAAUUUAUAUGCUUUAAAAGAAAAAACUAAGUGCAGUCAUCUCUUUGAAUUAUACUUUUUUGUUCUUAAUAAUAAGCUAAACUAAAUGCAUGAACUUGGUAUAGCUCAUUCAGAUAUAAAGCCUUUGAAUAUUGUUGUUUCGUAUGAAAAUGAGCCUUUUUUCAUUGAUUUUGGAGGUGCUGUUUUGUUAGAAAACUACUAAGAUUAUUUGACCAGCUUUAGUUAUAAUUAUAAUUUGAAUACCUACAUAUAAAAAGAUCCAAAUAGUGAUGGAUAUAUAAUUAAAGAAUUUAACAGUCCUGAAGAAGCAAAACUUUGUGAUAAAACUCAGCUUGCUAUAACUUUUUUAUUUUUAUUUUGCAACGAUAGCCAGCUUAAAAAUUUCUUUUAUGAAAAAAAAUGGAAUGAUAUUUUUUUAAUUUUAUAUGAAAAAAGUUAGCAAAAUAGCAGAAAAUUAGUGCUCUAUCUCAUUAGCUCUAUUUUAAAUAAAGCUGAUAGUAAUAUUAAAAUUUUUGGAGAUGAAAAUUCAGUAAAAAACUCUCCAUUUUUUCUUAACCUAGCUAUUAUCAGAGAGGAAUUAACUUAUUCUAAUGAUGUGGUUUACAAUGAAGAAACCAAUAGUUAUUCAGUUUACAAAAUUGAUUAAUAAAGUAUCAGAUUAUUAUAUCUGCUUGAUCAAUCAAAUUGUGUAAUUGAGAUGAAUUCAGAAUAAAUGAUUAUUAAACCAGUGAUUGGACUAAAAGAAUAUGAACAUAUUUAUAAUAAAUACAAAUUACUAUAAUUGUAUCAUGAGAAAAUAUGCUAAAAUUUUUAUUUCGAAUUGGGAUCUUACAAUUUGCAUAAUAUGUGCGAAUAUCUUAAAGUAAAAGAAAAAGGUGUCAUUUCCAUUAAUAUCAAAAAUAUUGAAAUACUUAAAAACUUGCUACCUUCCAUUGAAUAUGCAACAAAUAAGAGUAGUCUUUUAGAGUUUAAUUUCUUGUGUGAAGAUGAUGCAUUGAUCGAUUUUUUAGAGAUACUAGAAAAGGAUUUAAAAUAUUUACAAGUUUAAAGUAUUUGCUUAAUAAAUUAGAUAGAAUUUAAAACUAAAAUAAAUUCAGAAAAUAAAAGCGAUUCAAUUGUAAAAUUUGAAAUGAGUUUCUUUUAAUUAUAAAACAAUUUAGAAUAACAAUUUAUUGAAUUAUUAAAUAAGUUUUAAACCAGAACAAUUGAUUUUUAUUUUUACCAUGAAAAAUAUGCAAAAUAGGAAAUAGGAAAUUUUGAAGUAAAUUAUUAAUACCCAAAUUUAUAAAAGCACUUAUAUAUGAUGUUUAAAAUGAUUAAUUUAAAUACUAAUUCACCAAUCAAUCUUAAAUUUAAGAUUUUUUAUGAAUUCUCAUAAGAAUUGAUUUUAAAAUAGCAAUAAUUAAAAUAAAUUAAAGAAGAUUAUAUAAAUAAAAAUUAAAAUGCAAGUUGCUGUAGAUAAAAGAUAAAAGACAUUUAUUAGAAAUUAUGUAAAAUAGAUCAAAAUUAAAAUGAUUUGAAUGGCGAUGAAAAUGUUUGUUCUUAAGAUUACUAGUUGCUUUUCGAUGUUAAAAAUAGUUUAUGUUCUGAAAUGGAAGAAGAUAUUUUAAUAAUUUUAAAUUAUUUAGCAUAUUAUGUUUAAAAUAAUUGCAAAAUUAUCAUCAAAUUUUCAAAUUUUCUUUUUAUGAAUUUAAAAAUAUGGUAAUAUUUAGUUCAGAUAAUUGAAAAUAACUUGAUAGAAGUUGUUAUAAUCAAUUGUUAGUUUGAUGAAAAAGCUAUAAGCUAUUUAAGAGAAAUUUAAAAAAUAAAUAAUCAAAUUCAGUUCUUAUUUUCUCAUGCUAAUGAUUAAAAUUAUUUGCUUGAACCAGAAUUAUCUAAUUAAGAAAGCUCAAAAAAAGUGGAAUUUGAUUUAAGCAUAAGUGUACUUGGCUCUGAAUAAGAAAUGUAGAAAGGACUUUUGAUCUCUGACAAAUAAAUUUCUAACAUUGAAAAUAAAAUGUAAGAUGAAAUGAAAUUAAAUAUUAAAGAAGAGUAAAUAUAAAUUAAUGGGGAAAAAGAUAAUGCAAGUAGAUUAAAUUUAUAACUUAACGAAACAGACUUAUAAAAUAUGCAAUUUAUGCUAGGAAAACAUUAGGAUUACAGAGGAUAAAUACUAGAUGAAUAUAAAUUUUUAGACAUAGGAGAAUAGAAUAUAAUUAAAAUCGAUAUGAAGAACAAACAUGAAUAUAUUAACAAAGAAUAUGAAAAAAUUGAUUUAAUUAUUUCCUCCAUUUAAAAUAAAAUGCAUUUCUAGAAAUUAGUUAUAUCUUAUGGAAAAAGUGCUUUUACCUAUGAAGAUGAAGAUAGAAACGAUGAAGAUGAUGACGAUAUUGUUUAUAGUUUUCCUCACUUGAAAAUAUAAUACUACCAUGAUAAUAAUUUACAUAAUAUUUUAGAUAAAUUUUAUGAUUUAUAUUUGUGCAUUAUGAAUUACUAUUAACAGUUCAUGCUCAUUGAAAGUUACUCGUGCUUUAAAUAGGUUAUUACUUAAUUUAAAGAUUAUGAUUCUUAUUAAAUUGAGUAAUCCUUAUUCAGCUGCUUUCAAACUGAUACUACUUUAAAAGAAAGAGAUGACAUUUUUUAAUAUUACAUAGACCAAGAAUAAAGCUCAGAAGUUUUGAUAGAUUUAAAAUAUAAAAUCAAUAUUUUAGAUAGCAAAUAAAUUUAAAAUGACAGUGAUACAACUGACUUUUAGUAAGAAUUAUUGCUUUACAGUAAAAAAAAUAGCAAAUUUUAACUUUAAAAACAAAGAUUUUAUUCUGAAAAACAAAAAAAUCACUACAAUAGAAAUUAAUUUGAUUAAGAUUUUGUUUUAAUUAUGAAAUAUAAAUAAUAAUAAAACUAACAAGAAACAGUUUCUCAUCAAUAUAAGAUAGUUUUAAGUUUUGAUAUGGAUUAGUUUGAUUAAAAUUGUUUGUAUUAGUGGUGUUAUUAUAAUGAUUAUGAAAAUAAUAAAAUAGAUAUUGAACCAGAGAUUAGAUUGAUUGGUCAAAAUAAUGCCCUUGAAAAUUCAUAAUUAUAUCAAAUACUCGAUGAUGAUUAGUUUAUGAAAAAUAAAUUGCAAAAAAUAAAUAUUUAAUCUACUGAUUUUGAAGAUCCUUAAAAGCAAUAAUUUUGUUUAUUUAAUUAAUAAAAUGAAGUUGUUAGAUUAUAAGACGUAUUUUUAAAUACCGUUUCUUCACUCUUUACAGAUAAAAAGGAAAAAAUUAGUAAAUAAUUUGAUGAAGAAUUAAAAGACGAUAUUGAAUUGAUGAUGUAAAAAGUUUAAUAAUUGCUUUAUCUUCCUAUUUUUAAAUAUGAUCAAGUUUAAUCAGUGCUUUAAUAGUAUACAUAGGAAAAGAAAACUGAAUGA